ACGGCGCAUGCGCGAUCCUGGUGUACAGGGAGGGGCGAUGAUAAGGAAGUGAGCGGUCUGCUCUGUUUUGACACCAAUAUAGCAAUUGCAUUGUACUCCAUGAGAGCAGUCGAGCUGGCUAUCAGUGAGGACCAAGCAAGCCCCCUGGGACACUGGGAUGUGUUUACCAGGUCAUCUCUCAGUUACUACUGCACCCAAGUUAGACCACACCAUUUGUUUUUCAAGUCUUUUUCAGCUACAUGUCUUCUUGGUUUCCCAUGCUAACAGUCCUGAGCAUGUUUUACUACAUUUGCCUCAGACGCCGGGCCCGGCUAGCUAGUAGGGGAGAUAUGAUUAACAGCCGCAGAGCAAUUGAAACAAACAGCCGUGCUUUGCCAAUGUGUGUUGAAGCUUCGCAGCAUGCCAAAGAAGUCCUGGAUUUCAGUUCUCACUAUGGAAGUGAAAACAGCAUGUCGUAUACCAUGUGGAAUUUAGCAGGGGCUCCCAACGUUUAUCCAAGUUCAGGAGAUUUCACCCAGACUGCUGUGUUUCGGAUGUAUGGCACAUGGUGGGAUCAUUGUGUUAGCUCCCCACCUCCUUUCAAGAGAACAUCGCCAACCUUUUUCAGUAGGGAUUUUGUAGAGCUUGCAUUUGAGGAACAGGUUUAUCCUACAGCAGUUCACAUUUUAGAAACGUAUCAUCCGGGGUCAGUGGUGAAAAUACUUGCUUGUUCUGCAAACCCCUAUUCUCAGACUGCACCUACAGAAGUCAGAUGGGAAACUAUAUGGUCUGGAGAACCUACAUGUGUGACUUCCCCUCAAGCUCGCCAGUUUACACCAUGUAUAAAGGAAAUAGAUUUUCCAACAAACCUUCUUCGCCUGGAAACCAAUGGUACUCUUUUGGAUUAUUACACAGAACUAGAUGCAGUGGAAUUACAUGGAGUGAAAGAGAAACCCAUGCUUUCCUUAAAAACAGGCAAAAUUGACAUGAACGAUUUGGAUGAUGAUGAUGAUGAUGAUGAUGAAUAUGAGGGUAAAGACGGCUGUGGAAUAGACUGCCUUAGUAAUCAAUUUAGUAGCUCCAGCCUCAGGGAAUGGACAAAUAAUGGCUACUUUGACAAGCUGCCUUAUGAGCUAAUACAACUGAUCAUUAGCCACUUAGCACUCCCAGACCUGUGUCGCCUGGCGCAGACAUGCAAACUUCUUUAUCAGCACUGCUGUGAUCCUCUUCAAUACACUCAGCUAAGUUUACAGCCUUAUUGGGCCACUUUGAGUGAUGCUUCUCUGGAGUACUUAUUGCCACGAUGCACACUAGUGCAGUGGCUCAAUCUAUCUUGGACUGGAAACAGAGGAUUUAUCUCUACCUCAGGUUUUAGCAGACUGUUAAAAGUGUGUGGCUUGGAACUUGUGCGCCUGGAGCUGGCCUGUGGCCACUUUUUAAAUGAAGCAUGUCUGGAAGUCAUUGCAGAGAUGUGUCCAAAUCUUCAGGAAUUAAAUCUCUCCUCUUGUGAUAAGCUGCCACCUCAGGCUUUCAGCCAUAUCUCUAAACUCUGUGGAUUAAAACGCCUUGUUCUCUACCGGACAAAAAUAGAGCAAACGGCUCUACUUAGCAUUCUUAACUUCUGUUUAGAGAUACAGCACCUCAACCUUGGAAGCUGUGUUUUGAUUGAAGAUUAUGACCUAAUAGCUUCUGUUAUUGGUGCCAAAUGCAAAAAGCUACGUUCCCUAGACCUGUGGAGAUGUAAAAAUAUUACUGAAAAGGGGUUAGGAGAGCUCGCUGCUGGUUGUCCCCUUCUUGAAGAGAUUGAUCUUGGAUGGUGUCCUAUGCUGCAUAGUGGGACUGGAUGUUUUACCAAUCUUGCCCGCAAACUCACAGGUCUGCGAAAGCUGUUCCUUACAGCCAAUCGGUCUGUUUGUGACUCUGAUAUAGAAGAACUAGCUGCAAAUUGUCCACAUCUUCAGUAUUUAGAUAUCUUAGGUACCAGAAUGGUGAGUCCUGCAGCCUUACGAAAAUUGCUGGAAUGCUGUAAAGAACUUAUUCUACUGGAUGUGUCCUUCUGUUCACAGAUCGACAGCCGAGUAGUACAGGAAUUUACCUCACGAUUUCCUAAUGUGUCCAUCAAGAAGAGUUUUACUCAGUAAUUAGAAUGCUGCAGCAUUUAUUUUUAUUUUAUUAUUAUUUAAUAAGAAACGCAGAUCUUUUCUUCCAUUUUGUCAACAGUGGCUCUUCCAGUCUUAGUAGUUUGCUCAUUGGGAAAUCUACUGAUUUAGAUUAGUUUAGUACAUUUAAAGUAAACAUUUGAAAUUGUUAGGGUACAUCCAAAUAUUGUACCCUAAAUCACCCAAUGGCUUAUUAUAUUUCUUGGAUGCCUGUUGAUGAAAUGUUGCUGAUGCUCCCAAGCUACACCAUUCAAACUGCAACUUUCUCGAUUCACUAAAAGGAUAAAAUAUUCAGCAAGGGGAGUAAAAAACUCUGAUAGGCGUAUAAUAAGUAUACUUACCUCAGAACUGAAGCUAGGAAAGCUAACACACAGAGGCCCUGUGAAAUAUAGGACAAUAAUUGGUGAUUAAACAUGCUGCUAUCUUCCCAAAAUUACAAAGUUUUAAUGACUACUUUGACUAUAAUUUUCUGUUUUUAAUUAAAAAAAUAAACACUUCACGUAAAAAAUAAGACUACACCGUACCUAGGUGGCCAACACACACAAGAAGAAUUAUUUAGCAAUAGUUCUCUGUAUGCCUUUUAUUUAUUUAUUUAUUACUCUGAUUUAAAGAAUUAUUUUUUUGAAAUUGAUAAUAAUAUAAAGUAAUACACAGUGUAUUUUUUAUUUUGCAAGCUGAAUUUUCAAAAUAACAUGAAGUUCCGUGAGCUUGCACUGCACAGGCCAGUUUUGUCAACCAUUGAAAUAUGUGAAUAGAUUUGUAUCUAGCAUAUGCAGUUCAUGCUUGUUGACCUAAUGUAAUAGCAUUGAAAGAUUUUUAUAGUGUCAUCGGACGUCUGUUUAUGAUGCAGUGCACAUGUGUGUGUGUGUGUGUGUGUGUGUAUAUA